AGGCGGCCAAAACCGUGGUGAACGUGGCCUGACAGAUCACAAGACCCAGUUUAUUUCAUGGAGAGGAAGCGAGUGUCUCUAGAGCGCGGCUGGAGGAUGCAACAGGGCGCGCUCCUCCCGCAGCGCACGGCGAGCAGCGCCCACUUCUGCUCCUGCCCUGCACGGCCCUUCGCUUCCCGGCUCUUCCCUUCCCUGUCCUGCCCUGCCCUGCCCUGGGCGGGCUCGGGGCGGGCAGCUCGGCCCAGGGGACCCCAGGCUGUGCCGGAGGAUGGCGGCGGAGCGGGGAGCGGGGCUGCGCAUCUUCCGCGAUAUAUUAAGAAGAGCAGACAAGAACGAUGAUGGAAAGCUCUCCUUUGAUGAAUUCAAAGCUUACUUUGCUGACGGAGUUCUGAGUGGAGAAGAACUGCAUGAACUUUUUUGCACUGUUGAUACACACAAUACUGACAAUCUUGACACAGAAGAGCUCUGUGAUUAUUUUUCAAAGCACUUAGGAGAGUAUGAAAAUGUUCUAUGUGUCUUGGAAGACUUAAACAUAACCAUACUGAAGGCAAUGGACAAAACAAAGAAAGACUAUCAGGAAGCUUCCAAUUUGGAGCAGUUUGUGACUCGCUUUCUUUUGAGGGAGACACUGAACCAGCUGCAAUCCCUGCAGAGCUCCCUGGAGUGUGCCAUGGAGACCACGGAGCAGCAGAGCCGGCAGGAGAGAAAAGAUCCAGCAAAACCAGAAGUGCUCUCAGUUCAGUGGCCAGGCAAACGCUUAGCUCGAAGGCUUCAGAGGAACAACAGCCUGUCAUCAAAUAACCCUUAUUCUAGCAUAGGUUGGAUUGAAGAAGACAGCCAAUGGGUGAUCCAGAUAAACAGACUCCAGAAGCUAAUUGAUAGACUGGAAAAGAAGGACCUAAAGCUUGAGCCGCUUGAAGAGGAAGUUUUGGAUGAAAAUGCAAGAUCUCACAUAAUGAUUGUUCAGCACCAAAUGUCUGUGAUAGAAGAAAAAGUGGAGGAAUUCCGUCUUGCUCUGAGGCAGUACGUGGAAUCUGCUUCUGCUCAAGGUGGCUGCUUGCAUGUUUCCAUUCAGAAGCUUCCAAGUAAUUCCCACUUCAAUGUGUAUGAGUUCUGGGAAAACAGCAAUGCCUGGAAUAGCCACCUUCAAAGGAAUUACAGCAAGGCAUUCCAAAGAAGUAACGUGGAUUUCUUGGAAACCCCAGAGCUCAUCACAACAAUGUUAGUCCCUGGCUUUGAAACACCAGCUGCAUGUCCUGCUUCUUGAAAGGGAUCCCAGAAGCCACAGGCAGGAGGAUUAAAAGGCAGAGGGCCCAUGAAAGCUGUAGGCUCUGCUGGGCAGCAGGGUGUGCGCUUACUGCCUGGACCGGCGCUGGCACUGCACCUUUAUCAGCGUUGCCCUUUUGUUUUGAUACAUGAAAUGUGCCUCUGUUGAAGAAGGAGCCUGUGGAGAGCACAGCUCAGAUGCAGAGCUCGAGUUUGCUAUGUGAUUGCAUUGGGUAGUGGAAAAAGAUGCCAUGGGACAGUUGAUGCCUGGAGAAGGAAAACUGAUAGACUGCAGCUAAUAGCUUGAUGAAUUUACUUUGUAUAUAAAGGAGGGUA